CUCAACCAUCUUAGUAUUUAUUUGCUUUAUCUUUCCGACGAUGUCUUCUUAGAGGCCACCAGUUUAUGGCUUGCCAAUCUCUUUUAGCAAAAGCGGAUACUCCGUGUUGACUAGAAUUCAGGGGUAGUAUCCCCAGUGAUACCUUAUACGGUAUCGAUAUCCCUUCGAAUUAGGAGAUCAAAACGUAUCAUUUCAGGUUUAAGAGCCAAUUCGCUAUAAAGCCAUCUUGCUGUCUUGCAAAAUGGGUCGCACCCACUCUUCAGUACCGUCUGGAACGGCCAAUAGAGACAGGAUGAAAGAAGAUGAUCGCAACUCGGAGUACGGUUCUGAUCUAGAUGAGAUUUCCGGUGAAAUAAGGCAUCGAACGAGAAGAUCUGAGGAGCGUCCUCAUAGAACCCCCGGAAAUGGCGCUGCUAGUGGCGUAAAACACCACGACUCUGAAUGGACCGAGUCUAGUGACCGGAACGAUAACGAUUACGAGGAGGGUGAGGAGUAUGAACACCUGCUGGACCCCAACCUUCCGGAUGAAGAGACUAUUGAGCUGCACCGACUGGACUCUGGAAGUCUAGCUUCGUUUGAUGAUGAAAACGCCUCCAAAGCAGGCGAAGAGAACUCGCCCUAUGAAGAGGUCCGAGCCGCUGUGCGCAACUACGACGAAGAUCUUCCAUGCAAUACGCUUCGAGCCUGGACAAUUGGGUUGACAUUGGUUCUUAUCGGUGCAUCGACGAAUACCCUCUUUUCAUUGAGACAGCCCUCAAUCGGCCUGGGUCCUCUGAUCGCCCAAAUUAUUGCUUGGCCACUUGGUCGUGCUUGGGAGAGAGUGGUACCUGAUCGGCGAAUAAGGAUAUUUGGCCUAGGAUGCGACCUGAAUCCGGGACCCUUCAACAUUAAAGAACACUCGAUCAUUGUUGUUAUGGCGUCCGUAUCCUUCUCCGUAGCCUAUGCUACCGAUAUUAUUCUCGCGCAGCUGGUGUUCUACAAGCAAAAUUUCGGCAUAAUAUUUCAACUUGUGUUGACCAUCUCGACGCAGUCUCUUGGGUAUGGAAUUGCGGGCAUGAUGCGGAAGUUUCUAGUAUACCCUGCCUCUAUGAUCUGGCCUGGUAAUUUAGUUGCUGUUGCUCUAAUGAAUGCGAUGUAUGAGAAACAUCAGGCGCCUGACCCAUCCAUUAUUGGCGGGCGUAUGCCAAGAUAUACAUGGUUUGGUCUGGUAACUGUAGCCUCUGCCCUAUACUAUUUAAUUCCUGGAUACUUCGCUCAGUUCUUGAGCGUCUUUGCUUUCGCAACGUGGAUGGCUCCUCAAAACCCAGUAGUGAACCAGCUGUUCGGUGGCACAACCGGAUUGUCUCUGUUACCGAUUACUUUCGACUGGACACAGAUCUCGGGAUAUAUAGGCUCACCUCUUGUCUUCCCAUGGCAUGCCAUUGCAAAUACUACAAUUGGUGUCGUGCUGUUUUAUAUCAUUCUAGCUACACUUUUCCAUUACACCGGCGUAUGGUACGCUCCAUUCUUGCCGAUGAGCGAUUCCUCUACGUAUGACAAUACCGGCGCUAGGUAUAACGUGUCGAAAAUAUUAACUCCACAGGUUACCUUGGAUGAAGAAGCGUAUAAGGCCUAUUCACCUAUAUUUAUCAGUACCACUUUUGCAUUGUCCUACGGGCUAUCUUUUGCUGCUAUUACUGCCUUGAUAGUAUACACCUAUAUACAUCAUAGCCAAGCUAUCUGGGAUCGAUACAAGAAUAGUACUAGUGAGAAACCUGACAUACACAUGAAGCUUAUGCAGAAGUAUAAAGAGGCGCCAUCGUGGUGGUAUUUUUCCUUGUUCGUGAUUGUGCUUGCUCUGGCCUUCGUUUCAGUCCUAGCGUACCCGACCAAUUUGACUUGGUGGGCUUUUCUACUCGCUGUGGGAAUCUCGUUCGCUUUUUCGUUACCAAUCGGCAUUAUACAGGCUGUCACAAACCACCAGAUUGGGUUAAAUGUCUUAACCGAGUUCGUCUACGGUUACAUUCAACCCGGACGUCCUCUAGCUCUUAUGCUAUUCAAAACAUAUGGUUUUAUCACAAUGGCACAAGCCUUGAACUUCAUCUCUGAUCUAAAAUUCGGCCACUACAUGAAGAUCCCCCCACGAACCAUGUUCAUGGCUCAAGUCGUUGCCACUACGUUUUCAUGUUUUAUCCAGGUUGCCGUACUUAAUUUCGCCCUUAACAAUAUUGGAGGGGUGUGUGAAUUGACACAACCGCAACGCUUCACAUGUCCUGGAGGCCGCGUGUUCUUCUCAGCGUCCGUAAUCUGGGGCCUCAUUGGACCCUCUCGCGUGUUCUCCCCAGGCCAGAUAUACUCAGGUCUCCUGACGUUCUUCGUCAUUGGCGCUGCCGCACCUGUGAUUUUCUGGUUUGCAGCACGCCGGUGGCCAAGGUCCGGCGCCAAAUAUCUAAUGGCGCCACUGAUUUUUGGUGGUGCUGGUUCGAUCCCACCGGCUACGCCCCUUAACUACCUGUCUUGGGGAGUCGUCGGCUACUUGUUCCAGCACGUAAUCAAGAAGCGCCAUUUCCGUUGGUGGAGUCGCCUCAACUACCUCACGUCCGCUGGACUCGAUCUCGGGCUCGCGCUCGGAACGCUGGUCAUAUUCUUCGUGUUUACUCUCAACCAGAUCGAAGCUCCGCGAUGGUGGGGUAACGAUGUGGUGACGGGCACGAUGGAUUACCAGGGCGAGGCUAUCCAGGUCGUGUUGCCACCGGGCGAGACCUUUGGGCCAAAGGUCUGGUAGGCCUGUGAAUAUAUGAUCUUAACUAGAUUACCUAGGUAAAAUACUAUCUUAUGCCUGUGCAUUUUCGGGGAGUUGCGAAUCAAAUCCGUGCUUGCACAAUAUGUAACGGCGCGCUUAUCAUCCUUCAGCUUACUAUA